AUGAAUCCGAACUCUGAUUCUAAAGAAACAUGCCACCCAACGGCACUCGGCCGUCCGCGAGCAGGUCGACCAUGUCCCGCGUGUCUGAAUUCGACUUCAAGCCACACGAGAAGGCGUCAACCUUCCUUGGGCUGGCCAAGGUUGCCAUUAUGCUGGUGAACGUUGCGUUCAUGAUAAUUGGGGGCAUGCUGAUCUAUUUCACUGUGUGGAUCCAACGCCUGGGCUUGGUGGCGAUGUUUCAGUCCAACUUCACUUGGCUCUCCGGAGUCACAUUUGGAGUCGUGUUGGCAUUUGGGGUGCUGGUCGUUGCCACGUCAUUGGUAGGCUGUUUGGGGGCUUGGGUGAGAAACAGGUUCCCACAAAACCAUCCUGUGGCUUACAAGACACAGCUCUUUUCUUAUAAGCGUUGUACCUUACCUAGGCACAUGAUGCUCGCGUACAUUGUUGUGCAAACCAUCAACUUGGGUGUAUUUGUGCUCGUUGCCAUUGGUGGCUUCCUCUCCCUUCGGCUGGCGCACACAUUGCAAACCAGUGCGACCCCCACCGACGCCGAAGCUGCCUUUCCCCUGCACUUCAAUCCGAUGUACUGCCAAGGCCAGAUCGCGUAUUAUUGCACGGUAGGCAAUGUCGGUGAGUCCCUAACGCUGUUCCUGGGUCCGGCCGCGGCUGCCUCAGCGCGAGGAGUAUUCGACCAGCUGUACGGCUGGGACCAAGCGUGCAACAGCUCGCUGGUUCGAGUGACAGACCCCGCGCUCAGUCAGCACAUCAAUGCCAUGUGCGCUUUAUGCCGCCAACAUCCUGCCGCGCAGUACUCCGAGUUCUUGACUAGCAUUUUGGAUGCGUGCCCGUUAACGCUGGCGUCGGCAACGUGGUGUGCUGGGUUCUUGAACACUCCCCAGAGCUCAAGCGACGGGGGGAACUCGCCCUAUGUCGAGUGCAGACGCCACGUCUUGGCGUUGUGGGCGUACCUAAGCUCGUGGGUCGGUUAUGGCUCGUUGGGGGUAGCUCUUUGCUCGUACGACUUGUCACCGUAUAGUUCCAUUUUGGUUGGGGAUGUGAUACUGUUAUAUAUAUUGUAUCGUAGACUGGCCAUUGUUGGGCUUACGGUGCUACUGCGCCAACUGGUGGUAACUGCCGAGCUACUCGAGAUGGAGGAUGAGCCAAGGACCGCCACCAUGUCAGCCUUGCCAGACUCUACGGAUAUGUAUCACGUAGUUCGUUCUCCGGUGGAUGUAUGAUGACCGUUCGUGGGAAACACACGAUCAGUCCUGUCGUACAAAAGUAGAUCGAGUAAAAUAUAAUACUAACAUUAGUAUUGUGAUGAAG